AUGUCUGCUGACAAGUCAAAGCAAAACCAAGACCCAGUCUUCACCUUCAUCAAGGACUCCUUGAUCGGAGGUACCGCCGGUGGUGUCUCCAAGACCAUCGUCGCCCCAAUCGAGCGUGUCAAGCUCUUGCUCCAGGUGCAAGCUGCUUCCACCCAGAUUGCUGCUGACAAGCAGUACAAGGGAAUCAUCGACUGUUUCACCAGAGUCUCAAGAGAGCAGGGUGUCAUGUCACUCUGGAGAGGUAACUUGGCCAACGUUGUCAGAUACUUCCCAACCCAGGCCUUGAACUUUGCCUUCAAGGACAAGUACAAGAAGUUCUUCGUCCGUUGGUCCCCCAAGGAGGCCCCAGUCAAGUUCUUCGUCGGUAACUUGAUGUCCGGAGGUGCUGCUGGUGCCACUUCCUUGCUCUUUGUGUACCCAUUGGACUUUGCCCGUACUCGUCUGGCUGCUGAUAUCGGUACCGGUGCCAACCGUCAGUUCACUGGUCUCACCAACUGUAUCUCCACCAUCUACAAGCGUGAUGGUGCCAUCGGUCUCUACCGUGGAUUCGGUGUUUCCGUCGGAGGUAUCUUCGUGUACCGUGCUGCUUUCUUCGGAGGUUACGACUCAGCCAAGGGUCUCCUCCUCGCCGAUCCAAAGAAGGCCACCUUCUGGCAGAACUGGGCUAUUGCCCAAGUUGUCACCACCAUCGCCGGUGUUGUCUCCUACCCAUUCGAUACUGUCAGGAGAAGAAUGAUGAUGCAGGCUGGUCGUGCAGACAUCCUGUACACCUCCACCUUGGACUGCUGGAAGAAGAUCCUCGUCAACGAGGGACCACGCGCUUUCUUCAAGGGUGCCCUCUCCAACGCCAUCCGUGGCUCUGGUGGUGCUCUCGUCCUUGUCUUCUACGACGAGAUCCAGAAGGCUCUCGGUUUCGAGGGUGGUGUUGGUUCCGAGUAA